CCUGCUUUGUGGAAUAACUGCAGCUCUCAGCGUUCAUGCAGUGUUCUCUGUGGUGCUGUAUAUAACUGCAGCUCUCUCAGCGUUCAUGCAGUAUUCUCUGUGGUGCUGUAUAUAACUGCAGCUCUCUAAGCAUUCAUGCAGUAUUCUCUGUGGUGCCGUAGAUAAUUGUCUUUUUGUUGGCUGCUCUGAUUCAGUUGUUAAGUGUCUUCAAUUUUGUUUGUUUUUAGCUCAAAGUUAAAGAGGCCUGUGGCCUUGCAGAGAGGCUGGCAUGCCAAGAAGUAAAUGUAUUUCUCUUCCAUAAAGGUUAACAGCACUGAUAAUGAAAGUAAACUCAAACAGCUGUCAGUGUUUCAUGUGUAAAAUCCAUUUGUUCACCAGAAAGAUCGAUAUUGAAGCAACAGAUUCUGCAACACAAGGGCAUGUGUGUGAUCUGGAUUGCCGGAGCACUUUUUCAAUACUGUCUCACAGCCUGAACAAGUUAACUUCAUACAAGCUCUUCUGCUACAGCCACUACAUUAUGGGAGAUUUUGUUCAUUUUGUAUAUUUUCUACUGGCGGUCCUAAACUUGCACACAUGUACCUCUGACGAUAUACACUGGACCUAUAAAGAGGGGGGCUUGGACGAAGCCCACUGGGGUGAGAAGUUUCCAGACUGUGCCAAAAACCACCAAUCGCCCGUCAACAUCGAGAGAAAAAAAGUGAGACACAACAUCACCUUGCAGCCUUUGGAGCUGAGUGGAUUUGAAGGGCAGCAAGACACCAAGUUCCUCAUGAAAAACACGGGCCAUUCCGUUCAGAUAGACUUGCCUCCCACCAUGGCUAUUACCAAAGGGCUGCCCAGCAGAUACACUGCCACUCAGAUGCACCUGCACUGGGGUGGGAUGAACCAAGAGGCCAGCGGGUCAGAGCACACCAUUGAUGGGAUGCGCUACAUGGCUGAGCUGCAUAUCGUUCAUUACAACUCCGACAGAUAUGCCAGUUUUGCUGAAGCCAAAGACAAACCGGAUGGGUUGGCAGUACUUGCAUUUAUCUAUGAGGACGGCCACCUUGAGAACACGUACUACAGUGAUUUUAUAGCAAAUCUAGAAAAAAUUAAAUAUACAGAUCAGUCAACUUACAUCUCAUCACUAAAUGUGCGUGCCAUGCUUCCUGAGAAUCUGUCCAAUUUCUUCAGAUAUCAGGGAUCUCUGACCACACCGCCGUGCUUUGAGAGCAUCAUCUGGACAGUCUAUGAUGCCCCGAUAACACUGUCCCUCAAUCAGAUUAGAAUAAUGGAAAACACCUUAAUGGACCACAGGAACAAAACCUUGCGGAAUGAUUACAGGCAUGUCCAGCCUCUCAACGACAGAGUGAUUGAAGCCUCUUUUCUGCCCAGGCUCGGAGCAUUCUGCCGCCAUGAAGACAUUGAAGCCAAACUAGAAAAGAUAGAGCAAAUGAUACAGGACCUCGGGAAGCAGAUACGGAGAGGCAAAUUCCGACACAGCGGACUCCAGGAUCAACCAGGGCAGACAUACAUCGCCCCCCUUGCAUUCCAUUUCACAGAGAAGAGUUUCAGGAGCUACGCACAGGUGCACCUGACGCACAUCAUGGAGCUCCGCUCGUUCACGGCCUGCAUGCACGUCAAGACCGGGACCACUGGGGUCCACACCAUCCUCUCCUACUCCGGCUUCCAGAACGACAACGAGCUGGUGAUUAGCACAGGGGCCGAAGUGGGGCUCUGGAUAGGGGGCCACUUUGUGAACUUCCCUCUCAACCACAGGUCUCAGGAAGUGCUGCACUACUGCAUCACAUGGUCCUCCCACUCAGGAGCAGCCAAGCUGUGGGUCAAUGGGGUGGUGGGAGAGGAGAAGCAUGUUAGAAGGGGCUACGUCCUUAGGGCUGGGGGGAUCUUCAUCCUCGGUAAAGACCAGAACGGGACUUUGGGGAUCUCUGAAUCCGAUUCUUUCGUCGGUCACAUGAGUGACGUGAAUAUCUGGGACUACAUCCUGAGCUCUUCAGAAAUCAGACAGCUCAUGAGAUGCAGCAAUGUACGCAGUAAAGGAAAUGUGGUCGGCUGGGGAAUUCACACAGUGGACCUCUUUGGAGGGGUAAGGCUGGAAAGAGACACUAGGUGUGGUUAACAGAAUUUUUGCAUUUAAAGUUGAAGCUCAAACUUUCUCUACUUUCAAUCUUAUCCUAAUGUUUGUUUAUCUAAUCCAUAUUUGUGUCAAUAUGAAAGAAUACGGUUAUGAUUUUGAAGUGACUUUUACAUUUCAAAUAAUUCCAAAUUGCAUAUCGUCAGUGGCAAGUCUUGUAGAGAAACGAUUUGUGUCGCUCGGUAUUUGGAAAUCAAAAAAUGUAAAUGAAACUUUUCAUGAAGCAUUUCAAUAAAGAUUCCGUGUCUGUCGUU